CUAUGAAUGUGGUAAUCCGGCGAUGCGCUAAGUGCGCAUGCGUUUGGCAGGUGAGCAUACGCACCGGAGGAACAGACGGAAUUUAACAGACGGCAGUUAUGAAUAAGUAGCAAGUCCUAAAACACUUCAGAAUAAACAAAUAAUGCAUUUAUUGUAUUAUUUCAUUCGUUUUAUCGUUUCUUUUCACGGAUCGAGCUGAUAUACGGCUUGCUAGUAAUAUCGUCUGCUAUAUACGUGCCUGUUGCUCCGCGCCGCCUUGUUGGGCAAGUCGUUUGCAAGAACACAACGCGACGUGCUGCCUGAGUAACGACAUGUCGCUCCAACUCUGGCGAGGUACGCUCCAGCCGCUAUCCGCUCCCAAUCUCCCCGAUAGGUAUGCCAUCAUUCUGAAAAUCGAGGCGAUCGUACAAUCGGUAAUCAGGCAGAUCGCGAACGACGAGCCACCGCGCUUCGUGUACGAUCGCCGACAGGACUGGGAGAGCGUCGUCUUCUGCCACCGCAGAGGACUCGUUCGUAAAGACGAUUGCGCGAAGACUGUUACUUCUUUCGGCUCGGCGACGUCGAUUCGCAAGUUCUCGCUCAUGCUCAAGGUCCUCUCCAAGAUCCACUUCCUGCUGCUGACAAACACCAAGAGCACCAAGCGCCAGAUUUUCUACGAGGACGCAGCCCUGUUCGGCUCCCAGACGACCGUAGACGCCAUUGUGGAAGAUAUCGCCUCUAUGCUACAGGUCCCGCGCCGUUGCCUCAACAUCAUGGCUACUUCGAAAGGUGUCUUCACCGGUGCCAUCCGGUUCCGCGACGCCAGCGGGAACCUCGUGGACGGCUCAGUCGCGGUCACGCUCAUGCCAACCGAUGUGAGUGCCAUCAGCGAGCUCGCUUCUUCCGCCUCUUUCAUCCUGCUCGUCGAGAAGGACGCCAGCUUCCAGAAGAUCCUGGACGACGGCUUCGUCACCGCUUCGUCGUCAUUGGGUCGCUGCGUGCUCGUCACGGGCAAGGGGUUCCCGGACGUGAACACGCGGGAGUUCGUGCGACGCCUGCACGUCGAGCUGCAGCUGCCCGUCUACGCCCUGGUGGACGCCGACCCGUACGGCAUCGAGAUCCUGUGCGUCUACGCCUACGGCUCGCUGGCGAUGGCGAGCGAGACGGACUCGCUGGCGGUGCCCAGGAUUCACUGGCUGGGCAUCCACCCUUCGGACAUUGAGACGUUUCGGCUCAGAGACUGCCCUCCGCUGAGCCACGGUGACAAGUCCAAGUUGAGGGACCUGCUGUCCCGGCCGUACGUCGACGCCAACCGCGAGUGGAAGAAGCAGCUGCUGCUGCUGGAGUCGAUGCAGCGCAAGGCCGAGAUUCAGAGCCUGUGCAGCAUUGGCCCGCACUUCUUGACCGAGUCCUACAUACCGGCCAAGAUCAGACUCGGAGGAUGGAUAUGAUGCGUCGCGCCGCCAGUAUAUAGCCUUCUACGCUUAGGUGAACCAAGUUGUUCACUGUAUGUUCGUUGUAGUUUCUAAUUCAUCUGUCUUUUUUUUCGAACUGGGCUCAAUAAAGCUCUUUACGCAG